AUGGGAGGAGUGGAAGUAUAUAGGUUCUGGGGAAGUUCAUUCAGUAUGAGAGUAGAAAUAGCUUUACAAAUGAAGGGAAUUGAGUAUAAAAUUGUCGAGGAGGAUCUGUUUAACAAGAGUGAACAACUUUUGAAAUACAACCCAAUUCAUAAAAAGGUACCAAUUAUGAUUCAUGACGGUAAAGCGAUGGCCGAGUCAUUGGUAAUCUUGGAGUACAUCGACGAAACUUGGAAAGGCAAUCCCAUCUUGCCUAGUGACCCUUCUGAAAGAGCUCAAGCUCGAUUUUGGGCUAAGUUUGUCGAUAAUAAGGUAACCGCACAAGCUACUUUGUCUUAUGUUCUGAAAUUAAACUAA